AUGUUCCUCACUGAACGUCAAGAUGAGAAUUUCAACCUCGUACUGGACAUCGAUGUGAAAAUGGGAGCCGACCACAAAUGGGAGCACUGCGUUAGAGCUGAGCAGUGUAUCGUCGACAAGGAUGAUGGCACUUCGAGUUCAUACUCAGAACCUGUCUCCGGUUGUGCCAAGCAAGCCCCAUAUAGAUACCGUGUUGUUCUCGGUCAGUGGCUAUAG